AUCUCCAAGAUGGCGGCGGUGGCGGCCGCACGAGCAGUUUCUGUGGGCCCUGGGAUCCGGGGCCUGCCAGGGACACUGCCACUUGUCGUGAUUCUGGGGGCCACGGGCACCGGCAAAUCGACCCUGGCGUUGCAGCUAGGCCAGCGGCUCGGUGGCGAGAUCGUCAGCGCUGACUCCAUGCAGGUUUAUGAAGGCCUAGACAUCAUCACCAACAAGGUUUCUACUCAAGAGCAGAGACUAUGCCAGCACCACAUGAUCAGCUUUGUGGAUCCUCUCGUGACAAAUUACACAGUGGUGGACUUCAGGAACAAGGCAACUGCUUUGAUAUCCUUAGGAAAGACAGCGACGAGGCUUGGUGGAGGCAGGGCCGCCCAAGCCAAGAAAGAAGUUUUCUUUCUAAUGACAGUUUUGUCUAAGCAGGGAACACAUGACCUAACUACCAAUAUAUUUGCCCGAGACAAAAUUCCUAUUGUCGUGGGAGGAACCAAUUAUUACAUUGAGUCACUGCUCUGGAAAGUUCUUAUCAGUACUAAGCCCCAGAAGAUGGGCACUGAGAAAGUGAUUGACCGAAAAGCUGAGCUUGAGAAGGAGGAUGGCCACGCACUCCACAGACGCCUCAGCCAGGUGGACCCAGAAAUGGCUGCCAAGCUGCACCCACAUGACAAGCGCAAAGUAGCCAGGAGCUUGCAAGUGUUUGAAGAAACAGGAAUCUCUCAUAGUGAAUUUCUUUAUCGUCAACAUGCAGAAGAAGGUGGUGGUCCCCUUGGAGGCCCUCUGAGGUUCCCUAACUCUUGCAUCCUGUGGCUUCAUGCUGACCAGACAGUUCUAGAUAAGCGCUUGGAUAAAAGAGUGGAUGACAUGCUUGCUGCUGGGCUCUUGGAUGAACUAAGAGAUUUUCACAGACGCUAUAAUCAGAAGAAAGUUGCAGAAAAUAGCCAGGACUAUCAACAUGGUAUCUUCCAAUCAAUUGGCUUCAAGGAAUUUCACGAGUACCUGAUCACUGAGGGAAAAUGCACACCAGAGACUAGUAACCAGCUCCUAAAGAAAGGUAUUGAGGCUCUGAAACAAGUGACUAAGAGAUAUGCCCGGAAGCAAAACCGAUGGGUUAAAAACCGUUUUUUAAGCAGACCCGGUUCCAGUGUCCCUCCAGUGUAUGGCUUAGAAGUAUCUGAUGUCUCCAAGUGGGAGGAGUCUGUUCUUGAGCCUGCUCUUGAAAUUGUGCAGAGUUUCAUCCAGGGCCGUAAGCCUACUGCUGCUCCAGUCAGGAUGCCGUGCAAUGAAAGUGAGAACAAGAGAAGUUAUCACAUGUGUGACCUCUGUGACCGAAUCAUCAUUGGGGACCGCGAAUGGGCAGCACAUACAAAAUCCAAAUCCCACUUGCACCAACUGAAGAAGAGAAGAAGAUUGGAUUCAGAUGCCAUCACCACCAUAGAAAGUCAGAGUAUUUCCCCAGACCGAGACAAAGAACUUAAAGAGAAGGGAUCCCCAAGGCAGAAUGAAGAGCUGAAAUCCAGUGUUUAAGAGACCAGCCCGGGAUCUCUGCAAAGGUGGCGCGAUCCACUUCAGGAGGGGGCUUGUGUCUGUGUCCCAGUCUGGGCAGAGGGGUGCCAUGCAGAACGCUCCCACUGUUUGCUUUCAUUCAGUGGCAUGGUGUUGAAGUGCGAUGCUGUCUGUCAUGGAAAUAGCAGGUCGCGUCAGCCCCUCCUGUGGCUGAUGCGUCCAGAAAUGAUGCAUUCAGAAAGGGUUUUUUCUUUUAACCUUAAAGGUUUUAUUUUUAGAAGAGGCACGGAUAGCACUAUUUUACACUGGAGGAUCUUUUUGGUGAUGAAUAUCGGGAUUCACUCUGUCCUUUAGAAAACACGUUUUAUGUCCCUGACUUUGGCUAAAAAUAUGUGAUUUGCAGACACUUUUAUAGAUGACUGAAGUGUUUGUGAGCCUCACAAAUCAGGAGUUCUGGAUGUGCAUGGAUGGCAGGAAAGAACUGGCCCCAGCGAGAUGAUUAAGUGAACCAAACCAGUUCUUGAAAUUCCAAGGAGAAGUAGAGAAUCAGUCCAAGGUGGCUGUGACAUGGGAUUUGAAAAACUAAAGACUGUGACACUUGUUGAGGUCCUCCUGUGUGAUAAUGACUAUCACUGCUGUCUUUCUAUUGAGUUAGGAAUGUAUAUUUUUAAUGAAAGUUAAAUAAAGGGAAAGUUUGCAAGAACCUCUUUAGUCCUUAAAAAGAUACCACAUCUAGUUUAUAUACGAUGCGUUUUGUUAUCAACAGGUAGCUUUUUCUCAAAUUCGAAAUUCUUCAUAUGAUCAUCCUAUUUAUUUAUUUGGCAAAUGUUUAUUGGGAGACAUCUG